AUGCCAUUCAAAAAUGGAAAAAAUGCACCAGAUUUAGGAAACUCGCGAAAAUGCGCCAUUGCAACAUUUUUGCAGCUUGAAAAUCGAUUCAAAAAAAAUCCUAAAUUGGCAGAAGAAUAUAAAAAAUUCAUUCACGAGUACAUUGACCUAGGUCAUAUGGAACGAUCGGUUUACAAUCCAAAUAUCACAUCGUAUUAUUUACCACAUCAUUGUGUAAUACGAGAUAGCACAACUACGAAACUUCGGGUAGUGUUCAAUGGCUCUCAAAAAACUGACAACGGAAAAUCUCUCAAUGAUGAACUUGCAUUGGGUGCCAUAGAACAAAAGGACAUGUUAAGCAUUCUAAUCAAUUUUCGCAUUUACAAAUAUGCAUUUACGGCUGACAUUGAGAAAAUGUACCGCCAAAUUUUAAUCGACGAAAGCCAAAGAGACUUGCAAAAAAUCAUUUGGCGUGAUUCCCCUGAACUACCGCUUUCUGAAUUUAGACUUAUCACGGUCACAUACGGCACCAGUCUCGCUCCGUUUUUAUCACAUCGCACUACAAGACAACUUGCAAUCGAUUGCGAAAAUGAAUAUCCAGAAGUAUCAAAUACCAUAAGAAAAAACAUGUGGGUUGACGAUGUGGUAAAAGGUGCUUUUACUGAGGCAGAAGCAAUACAAUUGUGUAGCGACUUGCGCAAGGUAUUCAGCAAAGCCGGAUUCAAUUUACGAAAAUGGUCUUCAAACAACGUAAAUGUGCUGUCCGCAAUUCCGGAGAGUGAUCGUGAAUUGAAGGCUACAAGCAGCAACGUGAAAGCGUUGGGCAUAAAAUGGUCGCCGUCUCAAGAUGUUUUCACAUACGAACUCAGUUUAAAAAAUCAUUCAAAUCCAUUUACAAAAAGAUUGCUACUAUCUGAAAUCUCUUCAAUGUUCGAUCCACUUGGCUGGAUAUGUCCAGUAGUAAUUUCGGCGAAAAUUUUGGUACAAAAGUUGUGGGAGAAAAACGUCGAUUGGGAUGAAAUUGUACCGAAAGAAAUCGCUGAAAAAUGGUUGGAAAUAAAAAGCGAAUUGCAUCUCAUUAAUGACAUCAGAGUGGAACGUUGGAUAAAUUACAAUCCUGAGGAUGUCAUGGAGUUGCAUGGUUUCGGUGACGCAGCGGAACCAGCAUUCGCAGCUGUGAUUUACAUUAAAAACGUCACGCAAAACACGUCAUCGAUUGGAUUCGAGGAAAUCCGAAGCGAUACAAAAAGUUUAUCGCACACCGUGUUUGUGCAAUAG